GGCGGGCGAGGGACGCGCGGGCACGCCGAGUACAAGGUGGGCGGAGGGAGGGAGGGUGGCAGGGGGGGGGGGCACAGAAGCGGCCAGCAGAUGCGUCGAGCCGGAGGAGCCAGCAGCAGGCAUGUGCGUUGUUCCAGCUGAGCGCCAACUACAAUGUACGUGAGCUACCUCCUGGAGAAAGACGUCGCCAUGUAUUCUAACCAUAUGCGACACUCGGGACUCAACCACCAGAACUUCUCCGCCUCGGCCACGGCGCAGUACACCGACUACGGCAGCUACCACCACCCCCACCAUCACCAUGCCGUGCCGGACGCGAGCGGAGUGCACGGGACGCACUCUCACCACCCGCACCCGCACCACCACCCGCACCACCACCACCCGCACCACUCUCACCACUCCUCUCACCACCCUGCGCCGCCCAAGCCGAGCUGGCACUCGCCGUACGCGUCCGGCCGGGACGACGUGUGGACGGGCUACUCGCUGGCGGGACAGGGCGUCGCGCCGCCGCCGUCACCGGCACCACCGCCUCCUCCUCCUUCGUCAACCGCCGCUCCGCAGCCUUCGUCGCAGCCUCCCUCGGCAGCCGGCGGGGUGUCCAUGGUCACAAUCCAGCAGCAGCAGCAAAGUACUCCGUCUCCUCCCAGCCACAUGGGCGCGCCGUACUCUCCACCGCUAACGGACUACAGCGUGGCGCAGCAGCAGCAGCAACAGCAGCAGCAGCAGCACGCGCACUCGUUGGGGGUGCACGUUGGGUACCUGCCGGUAAUGUCCGGGGGGAUGGGCGGCGUGCAGGGCGAGGAGAGCUCCCCGGACAGCGUGCGCAAGAGCCCCUACGACUGGAUGCGGAGGAACGUACAGCCCGCGCCAAGCAUCUCAGGGAAGACCCGCACCAAGGACAAGUACCGUGCCGUAUACUCGGACCACCAGCGCUUCGAGCUGGAGAAGGAGUUCCACUUCAACCGCUACAUUAACAUCCGCCGCAAGGCCGAGAUCGCCGCCUCGCUGGGGCUCACCGAGCGCCAGGUCAAAAUCUGGUUCCAGAACCGAAGGGCGAAGGAAAGGAAGUUGAUCAAGAAGCAGCUGCAGCAGCAGCAACAUCAACAGCAGCAGCAGCAGCACCAGCAGCAGCAGCAGCAGUCGGUGAUCCAGACGGCGAUCGUGACGGGUCACGAUGGCACGCUGCACGAUCCCGAUUCUCUGGUGUCCGUGCCGGGCAUGAACGACGUGCACGUGGUCAACAUCGAGACGGUGCAGCGAUAACAACGCGGACGCACCACUCCCGCCCGCUCGCCCGCCCGCCCGCUCGCUCGCUCUAAAUAUAUAAACGCACGCAAAGAAUCUCCGCGACAGCGGCAGCAAAGACGCUGUACCACACGCACGCACGCGCGCGCACAAGGCGGCGACGGGAAGAGAAGCGAACUACCUGGGAAGGCGCCCAGCGCAAGCGUACAGAUCACGCGAGUAAGUCACCCCCGUUGGCGAGGUACAGACACAAGCAGGUGAUGGACGGCUCCAGACGACUCCUCUGGUCGUGUGAGAGAAUCACUGCCAGGGCCAAGUGGCGGCUCCUCGUGUGUGUGUGUUUUGGUGCACCUCCCAGGAAA